AUGCGCGGAUCCCUUAAAACCUCAACGGGCCACGGUAUGAUAUUUGGGCCAUUGGAUCACAACACUCAACAAACCAGCCCGCCUUACAUCAUUGAUGUGGGAUAUUUGGAAAAACGGACCUUACCAGAAUCUGUAAAACAAGAUUCUUGCGCCACUUUUAAAGGUCAUAGUAUACUACAGAAAUCGAAUCGAACUCCAGUGGCAACGAAAGAAGAAGAACUAUUACCGUUGCAACAAAUAGAUGUAGGAAUGCUGUCCACCAAAUGGAUUAGAAAACGCCUGAAUAAUAGUGCCAGGAGGCGUUGGGACGAGGUGUGGAAUAUUAUGCAAACAUACGGAACACAUUUAAUGCACCGAAAAACCAAUCUACGAAUUAACAACGCCAAGGCGCAGCGGAUGAAGGAAUCAGAAAUUAUUUGUACAGCUUCAUCGCACCCAAGCGCAGGGCGGGUAGUACCGUUUACGGUGGAGGAGGAAAAACUGCCAGGGAAGAGAAGAUUGUUUAUUGCGUGGCUAAAGAAAAGAAGGCCCAGAAUGAUUAUGAGGCUGAUGUUCCUUUAG